GCGAUUGCCCGUGCAAAUUGCUUUCACGCCGCUCCACUUAUGGUGGACUCGAGCAAGUCCUGUGAUCGCAAAGGAGAUCACGCAAUGCGCUCCGUUUCCUCCUUAUAAAUGAAUUUAAAAGGCGCCCUCCCUCCUCAGUCGACCCACCGGAUUCUGAGUGCGCUGUGGCCGCUCGUUCGAGUUCAAGCGGAGGACAUGGAGCUCAAGUGGGGCGCUAUAAUCACCUUCGGGCUUUUCGCUUGUGCCGCGGCGGGACCGCUUCACGCCCAGUGCAAAGUGGACUGGUACUUUGGAAUUCCAUGCCAUGAUGUCUAUGAAGCACUGGUCAGCCAAAUAAAGAAGUGGAGCAAGGCAGACUGCGUCGAUGGAGGAGAGAAGUGCAUGUACAAACUGGAAUCUGCUAAUGCCCACUUCAUAAAAGCCAAGCAUACUACACCAGUGAAGAAGUACAUUGAGGACCUGAACUUCAGACUCAUCCCAUACCUGCUGGACAUUGGGUGUCAUGUUCCCGCCUUUUCUGUCUCUGAAGCGUGGUACACCCUCGUGGAUUACGGCACCAACUACUGCAACCUGUACAACCUGAUUGAAGGCAGCGGGCUGAACACGGUCCCGGGAUACAAGGAGAUGACCAACGACUUCAUCUGCACUCAGCACUCCUCGGCUAAUUGCACCAUUUUCUGAGGUUUCACCGGCGGAUGGCCCAUCAGCACAUCUCCCUGCCUGGCGCUGCCCUUAAUCAUUAACCUCGGCUCUCAUCUGCUUCUUGCGUCUGCUGAUCUUUUUGCUUUGAUGGCACAUUUAUAAAUUACUUAUUAGCAGAAAUGAAGGCUGAGCUCUCUCAAA